GAAGUGUAUCAAAACGAAACUAGCUUUUUGUUAAACAUAAAGGCCAAGAACUUCAAAAUUCACCGUUCAUCAACUCGAGGAUAGGAGAAAAGCAACCCAUCUGGUGUUUUGCGUCGUCGAAUAAAAAAACAAGUUAACUAGGAUGGAGGUCAUAUUGAAAUCCAACGAUCGAUGUUUCCAUCUCCUUGAUGAGGUCAGAGGUCAUCUUGACAACGGACGUAAUGCAGACGCUUUGCGAGUUGCCAGAAUCAUCAGAGGAGACGGCGAUUCUUUUAAAACGAACAUACACGCCGCUGUAGCGAGGCUUGAAGGAGCCUUGGAAUCAAAGAAGUCAGAGCUGGAAGACUCUCAAAAUAAAUGUCAUAAGCUUGAUAAGGAAGAGGAGCAACUUCGAGAGAAGCUUGGUGAAGACCUUGUCGAGCAUAUGCUCUGUGAUCUCUUCAGCACUGUGUUCGAAUGUGGGGCGCAGGCGGCGGAGAGCGCGAGGGACGAAGCCCAAAGAGCGUACGCACAGGCUGCGGAGGACCGGAGUGGGUUUCACCCCCUUCAUCUUGUUCCCGUAUUUGGUUGGGCUGCUCUGGCUGCGAAGAAGAUCAAUGGGUCAGCUCGCAUGAAUCAGGCACGUCAGCAUCAGGAGGCAGCCGAAAACAUGAUUAAAAUUAGCAAAGAUCUUAAGAGCGCAUCGGAAGCAGCUGGACAGGAGGCUAUGCAGAGGUUCGCGGUGGUCCAUGGAGAGCGCAUUGAAUGUUUAGAGCAGUUUGGUCGUAUCCACCAGCAAUGUGGAGAGCUAAAGGAAAGUAUUAGUAUUAUAUUGAAGGGCAGCAAGGCUCUAGAGAACAUCCUUGCUCUGACCGACUCGGCUUGUGGUGGAACAGAUGCGUUGAAGGCAACCCUCGAGGAGGGGCAGAAGACCCCGGCGCUACUUGCCUCCAGAGGGACACAGACGACGAUCAAUGUGACCGAGAAGCGCUGGGGCGAGCUUUGUUUCAACUCUGAGAAGAAAAACGCAGUAUUCCGUUAUUUUACCACGUUCGUGAUUUGGUGCAGACAACGUUAACGUCUUCUCGCCGCACGAGUGAAAGCGAGGUCGAACUUAAGUCAGAUUUUGUAUUUUUACAUUUUUUUGCAAUUCAAUACUGGGAAUUAUCAUUGUACAGUACUCGUGGAAGUUAAUUGGGCAGCGGACAGCUCGGUUAUAUAAGGGCUUUAACACCAAGAAUAUUGAUUAAGACUAGUCAGUAGUGUUUUCCGUUUAAAGUAGUUUUCCGUUGAAAGUACAGUAUUUUUCUCUUCAACCGACUGGCUGGAAAUAGUCGCACAUUAAUAUUUCUAAUGUUUGCGUUGGUAUCCCGAUGCUCCUCGGAUGUAGAACUUUCUCUGGCCUGGGCUCGUCUUUCGUUGCAAAAACAAGGUUAAGCAUCACACACUUGUUCAUCAAAUUGCAUAUGCCUGUUAUGAUAAUCGUUAUUAUUAUGCAGACUUAUAGCAUAUAAAUCUAACUGGUUUCAGUUGCUCAAUACGCUUCACAUUAUAACGCCUAGCUAUUGGCCUGUGCUUGUACAUUCGUGAUUUAAGCUCUACUUUCUGGGAGUAGGUAUUACCGGUCGGAGCAGCAGCUCAACAGCCCUCAAGACUCAGUAAAUAUUCAUUGUGUACCAUCUCCGUAUAAGAAAGAAAAGGAUGUCUAAUGGAUAUAAACAACUGGUGAUUAUAGUUGUCUACAAAUGUAUCGACCAAUGACAUCGAUUAGACAGCAAGUUAUAUUGACGGCCAUUGAACAGUAUGUAGUUGAUGUCUAAUGGACAGUAGAAAUAUAGCAAAAUUUCGUGAUCUCUAAAAUACUUUACUUUCGUAUAUUGGCAAGCACAUUAGUUUCAUUUAUUUCGAAUGACCUUUAUCCCACGCAAGUAAUUUCUUACGCCAUUUCUGUUAUUGACAGCCGUUUAUUUCUUUGUCGAUCAAAUAUAUCGGUGACCCUGAUGACCUGAUGACCUCCUGGGCUAAGCACAAAACUAAAGUAUCUUCAUUAUUACCUCCUUAUUACCUCCUUUAUUUUGUAUUUACAGUGUUUUAGUAUUUGUUUAUCUGCUUAAAUUUAUAUUCAGUAACGUAAUUUUAUGCAAUGGGAAAUUUUCAAAUUCAAAUACAAAUUUCGAGAGUUUUUGCAGGAUUCUUUAAAAUCCUUUGUUAAGAUCUUUUCAGAUCUUCUCUUCACUUCUUCUUGUGUACAUGAAAUGUGUUGUAGAAUACCCAGGCCAAAAUA